GCAAUGUGAUGUGUGUAACAUGAAAUAGGAAUUAAUAUUUUUUUUCAAAGCCAAACAUCGCAUGGUACAAUGCAUUCCUAUUAUUCAUUUACCCUGUGGGAGAAAAACAACUGUUUGGAGACGACUUUACUGACAAAUCAAUGUUCAUUGUCUAUGACUCUUGGAUUUAUAUUCAAAACUGUGAUGCUAGCUCUUUGAAAAACUGGCAUAUGGUAUAAGCUUCUUUUUCAUUGGCAAGAAUUAUUUAACGUUUCAGAAUGAAGGGGAUUUCUGUGGCGAUAUGGUUGCAGUGGUUAAUAACGUUUGCCCUUAACGGAACAAAUCUUGCUUGUACUUUCGUUGAACCAAAGCACACUGGCCAUGGAAAUACUACAAUGAGCCUUAAAGAAUAUCUGGCAAAUUAUUAUGACAAGACCUCCAAACCCUACUGCAGUAAGAAAAAUGUGGUUAUGCUUGAUUUAUAUAUUCUGUCUUUCGGGAAAAUAGAAGAGGCAAACAUGGUAAGUUUUGGAUAUACAGACAAAGACAUCGAACUGGUUUGGAAGAAAAACACCAUAGAAAUAGAGAACAAGGAGAUGGCUCAAUUUUCCGUCAGUAAAGUCAAACUGAGCAGUGAUUUGAUAAAAUACACACUAGGUAAUUUCACUCGUUUGCAAGCCAUAUUUCUCCUGGAUCGUCGCGUUGGUUAUUACGUCAUUCAGAUCUACGUCCCGUGUAUCUUCCUAGUCAUGCUGAGUUGGAUUGUAUUUUGGAUGGGAACAGAAGAGACUGGCAACCGCCUGACUGUAGGAAUCACUACUAUUCUUACGAUUGUGUUUUUACUGGGUUAUACCAACAGCUCGCUACCAAAGGUCAGCUACGCAAAGGGAAUUGAUUGGUACUUGAUGGUAUCUUUCAUCUUUAUCUUCAUGAGUCUGAUCGAGUGUAUUGUAGUCGAUAAGUGUUACAAACUCAACAGAAGAAAUAUCAGGAACUCUGCAAGAAAGAAAAGGAAAAGAAAGAAAGGUGUAUUCAACACAUCCAUUAAUCAUACUAAUGCUGGUAUGAAUGAAAAAGAUAUACAAACGAGCGCUACUCAAGCUGCCCAAGCAAAUGAAGGGAAUACAUUAGAGAUGAAUUCGAGUAUUUGCAACAGAAAUGCAUCAAAUGAAAGCAUCGACUUAUCACCAGGCUUAGAAUCCUGGGACAGCAUGGAGAAUGGGCCGAAUAUGAAAGACCUACCGACAAGUAAUGGUUCAGCUACAUUUUGCGCGCUCAAACCUUGGAAAGAUAUUUCGCUCGCGAGAAAAGUGGACAGAAUUUCACGUGCUCUGUUUCCCUUUUUGUUUGCGGUGUUCAAUAUUGCGUACUGGUUUACGUAUCUGAAUCAUAUAUAUCUAUUACAUUCAUGACCCAGACCACUUGCCCUAUGUAUAGGAAAACCUUCCUUGCACCAUACCAAAAGAGGAAACUCCCAAGUAAAAGUAUCAGGGAUGGUCGUCGUGUAUUUUGAAAUUAGCGAUUU